AUGAUCGUACUGGCAGAGAACCAGAAGCAAGCGAAGAAAGCCAGAGAAUGGAUCAAGUCUGAAAGCCUCUUGGGGAAGACCAUCGAGUUUCGUGUGGUUUUGAAUACUGACCUUGGGAGUGAGCUUCGGGCUUUGUACCUGCAAGGCUUCAAAAGCACAUGA